UAUAACGACUCGCAGUUAACAAAAAUCUGCAUUCAUAGGAUCAUUAGUUGUAGAGAGUUUGUGCUUCGAUCAAACAAAAACUUGAAAGUCUGACCGCUUCAAUUUUAAAGAUCAAUAAGCUUAUCAUAAGUGUGGUUUCAAUAAUUUAUCAGUCAUGCUACACUUUGAAUAUUGAACCGUUUGAAAGGAUUAUGCUGCAAUAGACCUCGCACAAUCUGUCCUUAAAUGCGGGCAAAUUGUAUUCCCAACAUUAGUGAUGAUAAGUGUGGACUUAAAUGUAGCUGCAGCCUUGCGCAAAGCAGGAGCUUUAAUCAAUCCUAUUCCAAUAGGAGAAUGUAUCCUUUUCGGUAACAACCCUAAACAAGAGCCUUUUACAUUGGUGACCCUCAAUGAUGACCAACGUUUUGCUAUUGAGCGGGCUAAGAAGUAUGCUUUAGAACAAAGUAUUCAAAAUGCACUUAGCAAACAGGCAGCACAGUUGCAUCAACAGGACUUGAAUACAAUCAAGCGAAACCAAGCUCUCAUUCUGUUGAGCCGUAUAUAUGUUGGGUCAAUUAGUUUUGAGAUCGGUGAGGAGGAAAUCCGGAAAACAUUUUCUCCCUUUGGACCAGUCAAGUCUGUUGCUUUGAGUUGGGAUGCAGUUCUCCAAAAGCAUAAGGGAUUCGCGUUUGUAGAGUUUGAGGUUCCAGAAGCUGCAUCAUUAGCACUGGAGCAGAUGAAUGGCUAUACAUUAGCUGGCAGAAACUUGAAGGUUGGUCGACCAAGCAAUGCUCCUCAGACGGCUGCACUAGAAGCUGAACUGCGUGCAGAAGCCAGCACCAGAUCUCGGGUAUAUAUUGCUUCAGUACACCCAGAGUUAACUGAGUCUGAUAUUCAAACAGUAUUCGAGGCAUUUGGUAAAGUAAACAGUUGCAGCUUGUAUCCAGAUCCAAAAACUCCUGGUCGCCAUCGGGGUUUUGGCUACAUCGAUUUCGAAUCGGAAGAAGCUGCUAUUGCUGCUGUUUCAAGCAUGAAUUGUUUCGACUUAGCAGGACAACAGCUUCGUGUUGGGCGAGCGAUAACACCUAAGGGAGUCCCACUUCCUUUUGAGAUGACUGCCAACAAGACCUUGAAUCCAACUGCAACUAAUCCUGCGUCAACUUCGGCAGUCGCAUUUGCAGCUGCAUCAAUUUCCGCCAAGGUUAUGACAAUUUCUGCUGAGGAAAUGGGUCAAAACAACCAUCUUGGAGCUGAACGUCCUGCAACUACUGGAUUUUCUGGUGCACCUACAGCUGCACAAAACCUACCACCUCCUGGUGUUUUCAUUCCUACUAGCGUCGGUGAUCCAGCGCCAAGAGUAGAAUUAGAAGAGAAGCAAAUGGAAGAUAUGGAUUCGGGGACAACUGCUGCUGCUGUUUGGGAUGAUGAUGAUGACGCAGCUAUCCCUCUCCCAACUACUUCUGAAAUUCUUACUGAAACCAAGACUGAAGAGGAUCAAAGCAGCCUGGCUGGUAGUAUCAAGGAAGCGGAUAUUGAUAUUGAAGACAUGUACACUAUUAGUAUGUCUAGGGUUUUAUUACUUGAAAAUAUGGUAGGAGUGAAUGAGGUGGACGAUGAACUUCAAGAAGAAGUAAUGGAAGAAUGCAGCAAUUAUGGUUCUGUUCUACGUGUCUUAAUCCAUAUAAUGGCAAGCCAAGAUGUACGCAUUUUCAUACAGUUUGAUCGAUCAGAUGAUGCGAAAUCAGCGUGUAGUGCUUUAAAUCAGCGUUAUUUUGCUGGGCGUGUAGUACAAGCCAAACUAUACGAUGAAGAACGAUUCCAAUUACAUGAAUUAGAUGACUAGGCAUAUUAAGAAUUUUGAUUGAAAAAACAAACAAACAAGAAAUUAUACUUCUUCAAAAUAUUAACACCAGUCUAAGACUAUCUAAGAUAAGGAUUCAUAGAAGUUUGCGAACCUAAUGUUCACCCUUAUCAUUUGUAUAUAUAUACGUACAGUUUUGUACCAAUAACAAUAUGAAAUUUUUUUUCUAUAGUAUGUUUUGCUUUUCCGCACAAAGUUAGUUACAUUCCCACCUGUUGGUUUCUGUGUGUGUGUGCGUGUCUGACGAGAAUUUUUCUUAUGCCGAAAUUGUGACAAAUUUUUGAUAUGGUGUAUACAUACUGUCUUUGUUGAGAAGUUAAUUGCAUGCAUGUGACGCCGCCCUGUUCUUGCUUUUCAAAUUUCUGUUCAGAAAGUAUUGCAAAAGCUUCUCAGGUUUCUGGUUAACAAAUGUGAAUAAAUUGAAAGCUGAUUUUAUUUUCUUCUCAGUGUUAU